AUGUCAGAAACAAUAGUGAUCACCGGUGCAACCGGAUCCCUUGCCAUCGAAGCGAUACAGCAGAUCCUCUCAUCGUACCCUUCAGUGACCAUCAUCGGAACUGUCAGAGACAGUAAAGCAUCGCCGAAAAGCCCUCAUUUGCUUCGACUGGAACAACUGAUAUCACAAUAUCCGAACAAAAUUUCAAUCAAGAAUGUUGAUCUCAACUCGAUCAACGAAGUCCGUGAAUUUGCAGACGAGAUCGCCGGCUUGGUGGAAUCCAAAAAGAUCCCUCCAAUCAGAGCUAUCAUAUGCAACGCAUUUACAUGGUCUUUGAAUGGCCAAAAAUUUUCAAGUGAUCGCUUGGAGUCAACAUUUCAGGUCAACCAUCUUGCGCAUUUCCUGUUGACCCUGAAACUUGUGCAGAGCAUGGAUCGCGAAACAGGACGCAUAAUUCUGCUCGGCUCUGAAGUUCACGACCCUGAAAUUGUCAAUCCUAUUUCAAAGCUAGGCGCACAGCUGCCUGGCGAUGAUAAUCUUGAUCCUUUGAUCAAGCCGGGUCCGGACAAGAAUGGAUCAGAACAUGACAUGGGUUGGCGCAGAUAUGCCAACAGCAAAUUGGCCAAUGUCAUGUUCAUGAGGAGUCUGAAUGAGCGACUUUUGAAGACUUUGGAGUUCAGCAAAAUCACCGUAACAGCAAUGGACCCAGGCGGCCUCGUUGACUCUCGCGCUCAUGAUGCUCAGCGGACAAUCAACAGAAUCCUUUUCAGGUUGUUUGCAUUUUUGCUGCCCAUCAUAAAUUUGUUUACUGACAAGCUUCGUUCGAAUGCGAAUUCGGCAAAGGACCUUGUUGCUUUGGCUUUGGACCAGGAGUUUGAUUCGAAGAGAGGUUACUUCAACGGCCGGACAGUCCAGUCGCCCGCCCGUGCUAGUGAGGAUGAUGAGAAAUGCGAGGCUCUUUGGAAAGCUUGUUGGCAGUGGACUGGCAUGAAAGAUGAUGAGACUUGCGUUUCCCUGUGA